AUGAGUAGCCGCGAUAAGAUUGUCAUCUCCACCGAUGGAAAUCCCCAAAAUCACAAGUUCAAGGUUUCUUUUUUCAUUUACUGGGAAAACUUUUAGUGGCCACCAUAGGGUUUUGACGUUUUAGUGGCCAAUAUAGUAGUCAAAUUAGUGGCCACUUAAGGGGUUAAAAAUUAGUGGUCACUACAGAAGUCUAAGUGCUACUACUAGACCAUUAAAAAUUUAAGUGGCCACUUUAGGGGUCAAUGGAUCAACAUAACUGGUCCAAUCUGUUUGUUUUAAAAUUAUCCGAGUUACUGGAAGGAAUAUUGGAUGAAAACUACUGAAGUGGCCCCUAAAUAGAGAACCUCUAUAGUGGCCACUGAAACGGAAAAUAGCGGCCACUAUAGAGGUGGUUUUAGUGGCCACUUUAGUGUCCUUUCCAAGUAGAUCUUGGCAAGCCUCUACAGUGGCAACUAAAUAUUUUCCCAGUACCUUCCACUUUAAAAAUGUGAAAAUCGAGUCUAAGUUCAAAUCUUCGAAAGCUAGAAAGCACUGGUAAACAAAAAGGUGUUUAGAGAGAAAAAAAACCUCCACCCUCUCCUUUUUAACGCUCUCUCACCUUACAACAUACAACUUACAACUAGAAAAUCAACUUUCUGGCAAGAUUUUUCCGAUGGUUUCUCUAUCUUCAAAAAUUUCCCUUCUCUGAUUUUUAGAAAAUUUCAUAUCCCAAUUUUCCAGACCUCUUCCCACUCUCACCCUGAGCUCGUCGACCUUCGUAAGUUUCCCAUUUUAUAAUUUCUUUUCACUGUUAAAAAGAUUUUCGUUCAGUGAAAAAGUUCCUACAAAACUACUCCAACUGUGACGUUCCUCAUCUCGAAGAGGAAGCUCAUGAAUUUGUCAAGUUUCUGAAAAGGAAAAGGCGCCAAUCCGAGCUACAUAACCGUACGUUUCUUUCUUGAUCAAAUGAAAAUCAGGAGGAUCCUUUUUUUUUUGGUUUUGAGAAACAUUUCAAAGUCACAUAAGUUCAAAAUUUCUACUAUUUUUUGUACAUAAAACCUUCAUAUUAUUAUUUUUCCUGUUUUCCGAGAUGUCUGACCUCUCUGAACGAAAUGGGACGAAAAAUUAAAUUGCUCUGAUUCUUGAUUUAUUUUUUGAAUUUUUCUUUCGCUCUUCUGAUAAUUCCCUUGCUCUUCGGAUCUUGGUAACGCGAACGGGACGCGAAUCGGACGUGUCUGGGCAUUUCUAGUGGCCACUUUAGUAGCCUCAGCACUCUUAAGUGAUCGCUAGAAUCGCUGAGCAACGUCCGGAGCACGUCCGUUUAGCGUUACGAACUUCCGAGUCAUUUACCAUUCAAAAAAAUCAUUUACAGGAGCUCCUUUACUUUUCCACGAUUCUUCUUUUUCUUUCAACUAUUUGAUAGGCUCAAGUUCAAAAACUUGAUUCUCAAAAAUCUCUGGCCAUUUUUGUAACCAUCAGAGCAUUUUUGGCUAUUUUUUCCAUUAGAAAACGCCCGAAAACCCAAUAAUUUCUUCAAUUUCAGACGACCAAAAGGUCCACCGCUCCACGGCCUCUCCCUACGCGGUAUCGUCGACGCGCAAGCGGAAUCGCCAGUUGGAAAGAGCCCCCGUGGCGACAUCGCUUCACGAGCCUCUGCGGAAGUUCAGUCGGGUCGACGUCGCGACUUCUUCGGCUACAUCGCCAUCGUUGGACAGCCAUGUCGUCAGGCCGACCGCGAAAUCGCCUCCGCCCCAUUCUCAAUCGGCCGACGACCGCAGCAAACCGCUCCGGAUCAAGAACCGCAACGCGCGCGCUGUCGCUCGCCAACCAGCUCUUUUUCCUUACUUUAUCGUCUGA